GACAGAUCUCACAACUCCCACAGCAACAACGAUCUGGAUCCCAAGUUAUCAAGGCCUCCUUUCAAAUAAUUUCAACAUGGAGAAGCUCACCCAGAAAACAUUUCAAACGUCCAGGUCCCUGACCUACACUUACUACGACACGGCGUCCGUCAAGCCGGGUACCUCUACUCCGGAAAAACCGACGCUUGUGUUCCUGCAUGGCUUCCCGGACUCUGCUUUCCUUUGGUCUUCGGUUCUGCCGCACUUCAGCAGCCUUCCCAACCGGAUUAUCGUUCCAGACCUCCUCGGUUAUGGCGGAACAUCGAAGCCGACAGACCCCUCGCUGUACAACUCCAAGGACAUGGCUGCCGACCUUAAGGAGCUGCUUGCUUCUGAAGGUGUCACGAAGAUCGUCGUGAUUGGCCACGACUGGGGCUCGUUCCUCGCUGCGCGCGUCUGGAUCUGGCAUCCCGAGAUCGUCGUGGGUGCGGCAUUUCUGAACGUUCCCUACAUGCCUCCGGACACGAGCAAGCCGUUCAACCUCGAGGACUCGCUGCAGAUGACGGAAAAGGCAACUGGCUUCCCAAGGUUCGCUUACUGGGAGCUCUUUACCGCCGAUGAUGGCGCGAAGGUCUCGGACGCCCACCUCGACAGAUUCUGGUCAGCAGUGCACGGAGACCGCGAAAACUGGAUGCGCGACAUGUUCUGUGUGCGCGGCGCAUUUAGGAACCAUCUGAUCAACGGCACCGAUGUCGGACUUAAGGAGUAUGCCAAGGAAGGAUCCAAAUGGGAGAAAGAGUGGAUGGAACGGAUGCGCAAGGAUAGACUUGAGGCGCCUUUCUGCUGGUACAAAGCUAUGGCGGAUAACCACCAUUACGAGGUUGAGAAGGGCAUCUCUGCAGAGAAGUUGAAGGUUACCGUACCUGCUUUCUACCUCGGUUGUACCGGCGAUGAGGUGUGCCUGCCGCAGUUGAUCGAGAUGCCAAGGAAGGCUGGUUUGUUGCCUGAUUUGACUGUCAAGGUCAUUGACAGUGGCCAUUGGUGUACCAUGGAGAAACCAGAUGAAGUUGGCCAGAACCUCCUGGCGUUCAUCAAGGAGAAGUUCUAAGCGUGGACAACGUUAUCAACCAUCUGAGUCAAGAAACCCUAAGUCCAGCUCUUGCCAUUUGAUGAUGCCCGUCACCUUUAAGAGAGAUUUGCCGUCUAGCGAGAUAGGGAAGAAUACAAGUAGUCCCUACAGACCAUUCUUUGUAUAGCUGCAAACCUUGGUCCUGGAUGUGAAUGCAAGGGUCUUGGAGCGCACACGUGCUACAAACAUCUUAGCUGGAUUACGUUUGUAGUCCGUACGAGCAUCAUCACCUCGUGAGGCGAUGAAUCUCACUUCAUGGUAACGGACGUUACAAUCGAUUUCGCGC